AUGCAGUCCAGUUCAGUCCAGUCCAGUCCAGUCCUGUCCAGUCCAGUCCAGUCCAGUUCAGCCCAGUCCAGUGCAGUCCGGUCAAGUCGAGUCCAGUCCAGUGCAGUUUCGUACAGUCAUGUCCACUCCAGUCCAGUCCAGUCCAGUCCAUUCCAGUUCAGUUUAGUACCGUUAAGUCCACUCGAGUCCAGUCCAGUUCAAUCCAGGCCAGUCCAGUCCAGUCCUGUCCAGUUCAGCCCAGUCCAGUCCCGUCCGGUCCAGACCAGUCCAGUCCAUUUCAGUUUUGUCCAGUCCAGUCCAGUGCAGUCCAGCCAAGUCCAUUCCAGUCCAGUCCAGUCUUAUCCAGUAGAGUUCAACCCAGUCCAGUCCAUUCCAGUCCAUGCCAGGCCAGUUUUGUCCAGUCCAGUCCAUUUCCAGUACGGUCCAUUCCAGUCCAGUCCACUCCAUUGCAGUCCAGUUCACGACAGUUCAGUACAGUCGAGUCCAGUCCAGUCUAGUGCAGUUUCGUUCAGUCAGGUCCAGUGCAGUCCAGUCCAUUCCAGUCAAGUCCAGUACACUCCAGUCCAGUCCACUCCAUUCCAGUCCAGUCCAGUCCCGUACAGUCAAGUCCAGUCCAGUCCAGUCCAGUCCAGUCAAGUCCAGUCCAGUCCAGUGCAGUCCAGUCAAGUCCAAUCCAGUCCAGUGCAGUUUAGUACAGUUAAGUCCACUCCAGUCCAGUCCAUUCCAAUCCAGGGCAGUCCAGUCCGGUCCAGUCCAACCCUUUCAGUACAGUCCAGUCCAGUCCGGACUAGUGCAGUUUCGUACAGUCAAGUCCAGUCCAGUCCAGUCCAUUCCAGUCAAGUCCAGUCCAGUCCAGUCCAGUCCAGUCCAGUCCACUCCAGUCCAAUCGAGUCCAGUCCAGUCCAGUGCAGUCCAGUACAUUGCAGUCCAGUCCAGUCCAGUCCAGUCCAGUCCAGUCCAUUCAACUCCAUUCCUUUCCAGUACGGUCCAGCCCAGUCCAGUCCAGUGCAGUCCAGUGCAAUUUCGUACGGUCAAGACCACUCCAGUGCACUCCAGUACAGUCCAGUACAGUCCAGUCCAGUCCAGUACAGUACAGUGCAGUCCAGUGCAGUUUAG